AUGGGGCCGGCCGACCACAGCCGGACCAAGAUGGCCUCCUGCGAUGUGGAGGACUCGCUGCGGGCCCUGUGCGAGGCGGCCUGUGACCGGGACCCCGGGGUGAGGGAGGAGGUGGGCCGCUCCCUGCGCCAGCUGGGGGCCCGCCACCCCGACCUGGCCCUGGCCUCCUGCCACGACUACCUGGCCCGGCGGGCGCAGCUGGAGGAGGCCCACCGGGCCCUCAUCCUGCGCGGCAUGGAGGGGAUGGUGCGGGAGGCCGGCGAGCGGGUGGGGGACCUGCUGGCCAAGAAGGUGGUGUCGUCCGCCCGGGCGGAGCUAGCCCGGCCUGGCGAGGCCUGGCCCGACACGUCCAAGGAGGCCCUCAGCGAUCUGCUGGUUGCCCUGGGGGCCCGCUUCCCGGAGGAGGUCCUGGAGGAGAUGCUGCUGGGUUUUAGGCCCGAGGCUUUGCCCGACUACUACGCGGUGAGGACGGUGGCCCGCCUCUCGCUCGCCAACGUCCCGGGGACCAUGCCCUACAUGCCCGGCAUCAUGGAGGCCACCAUGCCCAUGCUGAACCAGGCCCGCCCCGACCGUCUGAAGGCAGCUAUGGCUUCGGCCCUGGGCUCCUUCAGCCGCUGCAUCCUGACCUACCGCGAGCGGCCCCCCGACCCCACCCUGGCCACGGAGGACUUCUCCCAGGAGGUGCAGGCGGCCUACGAGGUCUUCUUCAACGUCUGGCUGCAGCUGAGGGACCCGGGGGUGCGUCUGGAGGUGCUGUCGGCCCUGGGGGACAUGGCCCCGCUGCUGCCCGCGGGCAAGCUGCUCGAUGAACUGCCCCGGCUGGUGCCGGGACUCCUAGCCUGCUACCGGAGGCCGGCCGAGGCCCGGGAGGUGACCCGGUGCCUGCGGCGAGUGCUGGAGGCGGCCCAGCGGGCGGGGCGGGGGGCCGGGGCCCUGGAGCAGCAGGCCGAGUCCCUGCUGCAGCCCCUCCACCACCAGGCGUGCGGCGCAGGGGCCGAGAGCCCGGACGAGGAGGUGCUGGCCUGCUUCGGUCUGCUGGCGGACGUCUCGGCCGACGGGCCCCUCCGCUUCCUGGCCCACAAGAUGGCCGGCCACGAGAAGGGGAAGGUGGGCGCCCUCUCCCUCCUCCGGCACCUGCUCGCCUCCUGCCCCGAGCGGAUGGAGGGCCGGCUCCCCGCCAUCAUGGUGGCCCUGCGGCCAGCGCUGGCUGACGGUGGGGCCAGAGUCCGCCGCGGGGCCCUUGAGGUGGUGGGGGCCCUGCUGGCCGGGGGCUACCUGGACACGGGGGAGCCGGAGGAGGAGUCGUCGUUGUCGAUGGCGGAGGCAGCGGGCCAGGUGCUGGAGUUCGUGGUGUCGCAGUGCAGCCUCCCCCAGGCCUCGGCGGAGCUGAGGGCCCGGGCGGAGGAGUUGCUAGGCCAGGCCGCGGCCUCCGAGGGCCUGGAGCGGGCCCUGUGGCCCUCCCUGCUGGGCUACAUCACCCCACUACGCUACACCGAGGGGCUGGCCCCGGUCUGCCGGGUGCUGGAGCGCCUGGCUGUCCGCCGACGGAAGGCCGGAGUGGAGGCCCUGGCCUUCAACACUAGGCCCGGCCUCCCCUCCCCUCAGGCCCUGCUCACCCGACUACUGGCCGCUGCCUCGGCCCCCUACGAGGGCGGGGGCCGGGGCGAGCCGGCCCUCAGGCUGCUGCUGGCCAUGGGGCCCUCCUUCCACCCGGCCCUGGAGCGGCCCUGGAGGGAGGAGCUGCCCGACCUGGCCCAGUACCUGCGGGACGGCUCGGAGGAAUACUACCCCCGCCAGCAGUGGGAGAAGAGCCUGCUCCUCUUCCUGUUCAAGACCCUGGAGGCGGUGGCGGAUGGCGGCUGGUCCCGGCGGCUGGGUCAGGAGGUGACGGCUCUCCUCAACGCCUGGCAGGCCCACGCCGCAUCGCCCCGCCACCCGCUGGCCUCCCGGGAGAAGCAGUUCCUCUACAAGUGCGGCGGCAUUGUGCUCCAGCACACCCACGCGGCCGACAUCAUCGACCAGCAGCUCCAGGAGAUGCUGCUGAGCGUCCAGCACCAGGAGGUGUUGGAGAAGGAGGGCCUGGCCAUCGGCUUUGGCUUCUGCGCCAUGACCCACCUGGACAAGACUCUGGCCCGGCUGGAGGACUUCGUCAAGCUGGACUCCAUGAAGAAGACGGCCGGCUUCUUCAACGCCCUGAUGGAGAGGCUGGAGGGCGACGUGGAGAGGAUGAAGAGCACCCUGAUCCUCUGCUACGGGUACGUGGCUCUCUACGCCCCCGAGGACCUCCUGCUGCCCAGGAUGGAUGGCGGCAUCCUCAGCCACAUCAUCAACCUGACCAAUGCCAAGGUGCUGGGGGUGAAGAUCGAGAGCAAGGACCUGAUGGUGCGGCUCAGCCUCAUCAAGGCUGUUACCCUCAUCGCCAAGGCCGUUCUGGCCAACCGCCACCGCCACUCCUACCACUUUGCCCGCAAGGGCGAGCUGCUGACCAACAUGCAGAACCUGGUCAAGGCCGAGUCGCGGGCCCAGCUGCGCACGCCUGUCCGCCAGCUGGCCAUGACGGCCUGCUCCUUCCUCAUCAAGCUCGGGCCGGCCCUGAACAAGGCGUACGUCACCGAGCUGAUCAAGACAUGCCUGGACGGCGUGGUGGGCUUGCAGCCGGCCGGCGGCGAGGGCGAGCUCUACCGGGAGACCAUGGCCGCCCUGCACGGCCUGCUGGGCGAGAUCCUACUGCACGACCUCAGCCCCGACGGGCUGCAGGCCAUCUUCAAGCACGUGGAGGGCUGGGUCAUUUCCACCAAGGAGCACGAGAGGGAGCGGGCCAUGGAGGUGACCCGCGAGCUGGUGGGCCUGUACCUGGAGAAGAUGAGCCCCCGCGCCGAGCAGGAGUUCAGCCACCUGGGCUCCAUCCUGGGCCGCCUGGCCCCCCGCUGCACCGACCCGGCCCUCCGCGUCCGCAGCCUGGCCAUGGACAGCAUCUGCAUCCUCUUCGACAUCCACCUGCGCUGCCAGGGGCUGCCCGAGGGCCAGGAGGACCCCCUGGUGGAGCACCUGAAGGCCUCGGCCGGCCAGCUGGAAGGGUCGGACAGCGGCGUCCUGCUGCGGGUCACCUCCGACCUGGCCAAGGUGAUCGCCAGCCACCUGCCCCGCGACCAGGUGGGGCCCCUGCUCUUCGUCCUCUUUGAGGGGCUGGACGACCACUUCGUCAGCAGCUCCAGCGCCGCCUCGGUGGUGAUGAACACGGUAGUCCUCUCCUGCGGCUCGGCCCUGCAGGGCACGGUGGCCGAGAUCCUCAAGGCUCUCUACAUCCGCCUGCAGUGGAUCACCGGCGAGCAGGUCAAGCUGUCCGUCGUCCACUUCAUCUCCGUCCUGGCCUCGCAGAACAUGGCCGAGGUGGUCUCCUGCCUCCUCUUCUCCCCGCUCCCCUUCGACAAGAACACCUGCGACAUCUGGAGGGCCCUGGGCGGCGAGACCGGCCUGGCCUCGGGGGCCAUGGAGCUGCUGCUGGAGGCCCUGGCCAAGCAUCUCGACCCGGCCCAGAGGAAAGGCUCUCAAGCCCAUGGUGGUGGUGGUGGAGGAGGGGCCGUCUGUUCGGCCCUGGAGCCCCUGGCCAUCGUGUGCGCCCUGAAGGAGAUGCUGACCAACAUGGCCCCCACCUCUUCCUCCUCAUCAUCAUCCGCCGCCGCUGUUCACUCCCUCUACCCUCAGCUCUUCUCCGUCCUCCUCCUCCACCUCAGCUCUAGCGUAGGUGUCGAGUUCCCGGGGGAGCUGCUGGCGGCCUGCGGCCCGCGGGAGUGGCGGAUUCCCCCGGCACUGCGUCCCCGCCAGGGCCCGGUGGACGUGUGCCAGUACUCGGCCGACACCCUGCGGGCGGUGCUGCUGGCUGGCGGCAGCGGCGAGGUGGACGAGCGGCUGCGGGAGGCCGGCGGUUGGGACGCCCUGAGGGACCCGGAGCGCCACCCGGAGGGGGCGGCCAUCUUGGGGCGGGCCAUGGCCUCCUCCGCUUCUUCCCGCCUGACGGCCGUCGUCCACCACCUGGCCGGGGCCCUGCCCACCGCCGCCAAGGCCCAGCGGGUCACUCUGGCCGCUUUCCUAGGGGAACUGUUGGGGGAGACGACUGCAGCCCGGGACCUCCACCUGACCGAUGUGCUGGUCUCCGGCCUACUCGGCUGCCUGAGGGACCAGGUGCCGCUGGUCCGCCUGCUGGCCCUCCGCGGGCUGGCUAAUCUACCGCGGGGCGACCCCGACCAGCUGGGCCUCUACUCGGCCAAGCUGCUGGGCGCCAUGGCGACCGGGGUGGGGGUGGGGGUGGGCGAAGACGACGACAUGAGCGACCCGCUGGACCUGGUCAAGCUGGAGGCCAUGUCCGCCCUCUCCCGCCUCCUGCCCCGCCUGGAGGAGGCUGACCUGCGGGCCCCGCUGGCCGUGCUCAUCGCCGCCGCCCAGCUGCUCUUCGAGCACCCCAGCGCCCGGGUGCGGGCCGAGGCCUUCGGCCUGUUUGGCGGCCUGUCGCGCUUCACCGGCGGCGACCUGCGGCCAGUCUACUCGGAGCAGCUCCACGCCAGCCUGGUCAGCCUCAUCCUCCACCUGGACGACGGCAGCGGCGAGGUGUCGGCCGCCUGCAAGGAGGCGCUGCGGCGGGCUGGCCCGGCGGUGGGCUCGGCUGGGCUGGCCGACCUGCUGACCAACCGCCUGCCCGGCGACGGGCCGAGCGACUACUGGGACUUCCUCCAGGGCCUGGCCGCCAUGGUGGUGUCCGACUUCCCCGCCAAGGUCAGCAUCUACCUGGUGGUCGGCGUCACCUUCUUCAAGAGCCUGCUGCCCGAGAUCCGUGGCAACGCCGUGGUCUUCGCCGCCUCCCUCAUGCACCGCCUGCCCAGGAAGUACCACCAGGCCGGUUCGCACAGCAGCGUCUGCUCCGACAUCACCGCCAUGUUGCAGGACCCUGUGGCCAGCGUCAGGGUGCGGGUGGCCAAAGCUCUCACCCUCCUCCAUUGA